AGGCAACCAACUCCCACUGCGUACAUAAAGACGCGCGCAUACACAUUCACAACACACACGCACAAGGGAAGGAAAAAGCCAGAGAGAAAUGGGGAGGUGGGCAAUAGCGGUGCAUGGUGGCGCUGGUGUGGACCCAAACCUCCCACAACAACGUCAAGAAGAGGCCAAGCAACUCCUAACUCGCUGCCUCAAUCUGGGCAUCUCCGCUCUUCGCUCCAAUCUCCCUGCCAUUGAUGUCGUUGAACUCGUUGUGAGAGAACUAGAAAGCGAUCCUCUGUUUAAUUCUGGCCGAGGAUCUGCUCUAACCGAGAAAGGAACGGUGGAGAUGGAAGCUAGCAUUAUGGAUGGACCCAAGAGAAGAUGCGGCGCCGUAUCGGGCUUAACCACUGUUAAAAACCCAGUCUCCCUUGCCAGACUUGUGAUGGAGAAAUCUCCCCAUUCGUAUCUUGCCUUCUCCGGCGCAGAGGAAUUUGCCAGACAACAGGGUGUGGAGCUGAUGCAAAAUGACUACUUCAUCACCGAGGAUAACGUGGGGAUGUUGAAAUUGGCAAAGGAAGCCAAUUCCAUUCUGUUUGAUUACAGGAUCCCCUUGGAGACAUGCAGCGCCGGUGCUGCUGCGGCCAUGGACAAUCCCUUGCAAAUGAACGGUCUUCCAAUCAGCGUGUAUGCACCGGAAACCGUUGGUUGUGUGGCCGUGGACAGCGAGGGUCGAUGUGCUGCCGCCACGUCAACAGGUGGGCUAAUGAACAAAAUGACCGGUCGUAUAGGUGACUCGCCCCUGAUUGGCGCUGGGACCUACGCGUGUGACCUCUGCGGAAUUUCAUGCACAGGGGAAGGUGAAGCCAUCAUCCGCGGGACCCUAGCCCGAGACGUAGCGGCUGUGAUGGAGUACAAAGGGUUGGGGUUGCAACAGGCUGUGGAUUUUGUGAUAAAUGAGAGGCUUGAUGAAGGGAAAGCGGGGUUAAUAGCGGUGUCUAGAAAUGGGGAUGUGGCUUGUAGGUAUAACACCAAUGGGAUGUUCAGGGGAUGUGCUACUGAAGAUGGAUUCAUGGAGGUUGGCAUUUGGAACUAGGGUUUUUUAUUUUUUUGGCUUUGGUGAUGUAUUAUGCGUGGUAAAGCACACCUCUGUGCUAAUUUAGCUGAAGCAGAAAUGAAAUUAGCAGUAACUACAAACAAAGGUUUCUAGAAUAAAAUCGUUUUGUUUGAUUAA